AUCAAAAUCCCAUAAUCCUCCGUUUGUAUAAAUACCCGGUUCCUCUGCACUGUAAUUAAAUCCAACCCACAAGCAAUCCAACCCUCCAGAAAGAAGAAAUCCCAGGUUUUUCCUGUUCUUUCUCGGGAAAAAAUGGCUGGAAUCAACAAUAGGAAGAACAACAUUGUGGCGAUCUUCGACUUCGACAAGACAAUCAUCGACGUCGACAGCGACAACUGGGUCGUCGAUGAAUUGGGUUUCACUGAUUUGUUCAAUCAGCUUCUCCCAACCAUGCCUUGGAACUCUCUCAUGGACCGGAUGAUGAAGGAGCUCCAUGAACAAGGCAUAACAAUCCAUGACAUUAAACGAGUCCUCGAAACGAUUCCGAUUCAUCCCCGAGUCGUCCCUGCCCUCAGAUCAGCGCAUGCACUUGGAUGCGAGUUGAGGAUAGUGAGCGACGCGAACACGUUUUUCAUUGAGACGAUUCUCGAACACCUCGAGAUUAAAGACCUUUUCUCUGAGAUCAACACGAAUCCUGGAUUCGUCGACCAACAUGGCAGAUUGAGAAUCUCACCUUACCACGAUUUCACCGAAUCCUCACAUGGCUGCUCUCGUUGUCCUCCCAACAUGUGCAAGGCUUUGAUCAUUGAGAGGAUUCAAGCUUCUCUAACCAAGGAAGGGAAGAAGAAGAUCAUCUACCUCGGAGACGGGGCAGGCGAUUACUGCCCUAGUCUAAAGCUCGGCGACGAAGAUUACGUGAUGCCGAGGAAGAGUUAUCCAGUUUGGGCACUGCUCUGUCAGAAUCCGAUGCUAAUAAGAGCCAACAUCCGAGAAUGGACCGACGGUGAAGCAUUGGAGAGGACGUUGUCAGAGAUCAUAGAGGAGAUUGGCUACGGAGGCGAUAAAGAGAAGAUCUUGGAUAGCUGCAAGAUGCAGACAAUUUCGGUCGGGAUUGCUCAUGAAUCGUUGUCUCCAACUCUUCAAGUGCAAGUUCCUCAGUAUAGUUAAGUGACUUCGAGUGAGUGAUCGUAAGACCAAAUUCACCUGAUCGAUGUGUUGUUCAUUAGUACCCAAAAAAAAGAAGAAAAAUGAUUAAAGACAAGACAUCCAUUUUUGUUGGUGGUUUGCUGCUCUUACUAUGCUUGUAAGAUUUCAUUUCAUUUUU